UUUCAUGUGUUGUUGUCAGUCUGACGUCGGCUGCUGGUGUGUGUACUGUGUGGUUGCAGAAGGUCACGGCUUAACAGUGAAUUGAUAAGUGAAAAUGAGUCGAUUUGCUAAUAUACUGAGAAGGACGUUUGGGGUGAUCAAAGAGCACGUGGGAACAGAUCAUCUUGGGAAUAAGUAUUAUAUGAUACCAGAACAGAAGACAUGGACAGGAAGAGUCAUACGGGCAAAGAGGAUGGUGAUCGCCUUAAACCCAAAUGAAUUUGAAUACAUAGAGGGAAGCAUACCCUCAGAAUGGGAUGCAUGGAUCCGUGGUCGUAGAAAGCAGCCCCCCAGUAUUGAGGAGCUUCAGAAGAAUGAGAACUACAGGGUGAACAUCAAAGUGAAGGCACGGGAGGCAGAGGAGAGGGACCUGGCUCUGCAGGCCCAGGAGUACGAGGAGGGACUUGUAGCUCGACCCACACAGACUCUAGCCAAAGGCCAUGCCGCUGCCACCCCGUUUGGCAAACCAGAGGCCACUGAAGAUCCGGUGAGCACAGGCGGUUCCUUCCAGCCGGGGUCCUGGGUCCCAGGAUCCAAAAAAUAAACGAGACUGAGGCAUGCCCACCUUUGGCCCCGACUCAAAUGGAAUUGUGAAGCCUUACGGACGCUAGUUGCGUUAGCCCUGAAUGGAACUUUACCUCCUU